AUGAUUCGUAGAGAUUCUGGUGAAUUGCAAUAGAAUGUUUAUAGCUAAGCUAAUUUCAAUAACUCCAUAAAAGAAAUUCAAACUUCAAGAAAAGAACAUUUAUUCAAAAAAUUGCCUUCUUUAGAUUCUACCCAACCAAAUAAUAUAUGGUAAGGGAGAAAAGGUGGUUCUGCUAAUUUUAUAGAUACAGAAAGAGUAAAUACAACAUCGAAACCACUUACGCCGUAGCAGCAAAAAAAGAAAAAAAAUUAAACAAUAUAAAUUGAGGAGACCACCUAAUUUGAUCUAGGUUCUAGCAGAAAUUUUCAAAGAUUAUUCACAAUUAAAAAUCAUACUAAAUCAUCAACUGGCAGUGUAAAAACUCAAAGAGAAGAAAAUACAAGCAUUAUAACAAAUUAAGUACCUAUAAGAAAAUCGAAUUAUCAUCAGACCUAAUAAAUUUAAUAAUCAUAUUAGUAGUAAUAAUAAUGUCCAUUUUCAGCAGGUAAAUCAAUCAAAGACAUUAUCUCAUCUUUCAAAGAUAAAAAGUAAUUAAUUUAGUUUUAUAUAGGCCAAAAAAUGGUAUUACACGUCAUAGUGAAUUUGAGAAAAUGGAAGGUUUAGAAGAUUAUACUAAAGAAUUAGGUACAAUACUUAAUGAAGAUGAAUUAAUUGGACCAAUUCUUAGAGAAGUUAUUGAAAUGAAAGGAGUUGUAAGAUCAUUGAUCGAUUUAACUAAUGGUAAUAAACUUACUUAUCAUUUUGAAACUUUGAAACAAUUACAUGCUACUUUAGAUAUAACUGAUUAAAUGUUCAAUAGAUUCAAAUAUCUAUAUCUUAAAUACUUAAUUUCAUUAAAAAUUAAUAUAGAAAAAGUAUUUAAAUGUGCUUAAACAGUUGAAUUCUAUAGAGGUGCUAUUGUCUCAAAGGUAAUAUAAUUUAAUUAUCUUUUAGUCUCGUUCUGUAUAAAAUGUAAAAGAUAAUAUCAGAACUAUAGCUAAAAAUAUGUAUAGUCAAAUCUUUGAAGAUUUCUCUCUAAGUCCCUUAUUUAAAGGUACGAAAUAGGAAGAAUAAGCAAUCAAAUUUAGUAGAAUUUUUGGAUUUAUUUUGGGAUCAUCAGAAUCUACUAAUUUUGUUAUGGAUUCUAUGAGAGAUUUUCAUAAAGCUUUUGAAAUAACUUCAGUUUAAUAUUCUGUUUUCAAAUAUUAUUUAUCUGGUUCUUUAUCAAAACAUACUUAAAAAGAAGUUGUUUGGUAUGUACUAGAAUAAACUGAUGCUUAUAAAGCUGCUGUUAUCAAUUAAGACAGCAUCAAAGAUUUAGUUUACAAAUAAUAAGGUUUUGAUAAUUAUACAUCUGAAUUUAUCAAGCUUUGUUAAUAAGAUUAAUUUAUUAAUAAAAAUUUCAUUCAUAAAGUUGGAUUUGAUUAAUUUGUAGAACAUACCAAAUAUUUUUUAUAUUAUGCUUUUAAUAAAUAAAAUAAUUGUUUUACACUUGAAGAUUUGAAAUCAUUUCAUUGUUAACAUUCAAUUAAUGUUAAUUUAUAUCAAAGUAUUAAAGAAAAAAUGAUGAUUUUAUUAUCUAAAUUGAAUCCAUAAAGAGUUAUCUUCUAAGACUUUGAAGAAGAAUUUGAUUUGAUACUUCCUUAUAUAAUAAAUUAAAAACUACCUUGUGAUAUUGUAGGUUAAGAUAAAUUAUGUGAAUUUAUUCCUUUGAUAUCUGAUGAAUUGAAAUCAAAUGUAGAACUUAAAAAUAUUUUUGAUAGUAAUGAUGUAAAUGUUAAUAAAAUUGUUUUAAAAAAAUUUGAAUAUCUUUUAUCAGGUAGAAAAUAUUUUAAACGAUCAGAUAUUUAAGCAAUUCAUUCUAGACUCAAAAUUAGUGAACAUUUAUUUGAAAAAUUUGUCCAUCUUAUUGAAAAAACUAUAAAACAUUAUGAUGUUUCAUUAUUAUGGAUGGUUGAUGCAAUAAAAUUAUGGAAAUAUAUUAUCAUUACAGUUUGA